GAAGUGCGGCAUGGCCAGUCUGACCAGCGAUUUAAAUGUGGCUUUGAUGAUCAUCCGGAUGCAUUCAUUAAAUUUAACUUGAACAAAGGAUUCAACUGUCCACUAUUGCCACUACCUGUACCUUCAGAAACCAGUCAGUUACACAGUCCAGUCAGGCUUGGUCUGUACACAGGAGACUAUGGCUCCCAUGGUGUUGAGAUUCUCAACUUUACCAUUAGCCAGACAAAUCCACAGCAUCUGGAAGGUUUAAAAAUUGUGGGGGACCCCAAUGUUCCGGCAGGGAAUGUUAGUGUCCGAGUUUUUCUCGACAAGCCAGUCGUGUUGUCCGAGAGUGACCAGCAGUCUGUUCUUGAAAUGCUGAGAGCUGAUGAGCAGAGGAGCCAAGAGAGUUUCAUGGAGUUGUUGAAUGCCAACAUCAACAACAACAACCCUGACCUUCUGAGGCAGCCAUUCAUUAUCCCCGAAGAUUGCUUUGAUAGAGGUCAGGAGUCACCAAACAUUUGUUUGGCCAGGUAUCUAGCCGAAGGGAGGAUAGCAGGCCACUUAUACAAUGAUCCCAGCCUCUGCAAGUGCCAUUUCGUCAAGUUUAGUGAUGUGGUGUUUGGGGUGAUGUGGCUGGAGCUCAACUCCUUCAGCAUGUUUUACAAUGUCGCAGAGGAGUUUCCUCGCUGUCUAGUUCAGUCAUCCUGA